ACCAUAAACUACGCUUUCACUAACCUAAAAAAAAUUCGCAACAACCCCCUGAUUACCUUCUCCUCAAUCAUACCAAUAGCCCUAUUAGAAGGCUCCCUAAAUUCGAAGGAAAUCUUGAAGCAGUGCUCGUGAACGUAUAAAAUUUCCCUCGUCCAUAUUUCUCUUUUGAAAGUGCGCGGUCGCUGACAAUAUUUUCAAAGCCAGAAAACGAUCAAUGUCUUCCAUUACAAACAUGCCACGUUCACCUGAUUGUAUCGAUAUUCCAGUCCACAAUGUCGGACAGCACGAAAGCCACAAGACGUAACGAUAAGAGUGACCUAGUGGCCACCUGGACUGUGCCCCUCUUGGACGGGGUGCACGUCAUCGAGUUCGAACACGGUACCACCAGCGGAAAGAGGGUUAUAAGGGUUGACGGAAAGGAAAUACUUCGAAGAGAAUGGAUGUUCAAAUUGGUUGGGGAAGAAGUCUUCACUUUAGGCGCUCAGAAAGCCAAGUGUGUCCUGAGGGUUGAUCCACUGCCAUUAUUCGCAUUCUCCUAUGGCCUCCUGGUGGAUGGAAAACCGCUCGAAAAAUUCACCGAAAAACAAGAAGCGACAAAUCGAUAUUGGUCAGUCAUCACGGAAGCCGGGACCCAUAAAGUUGUACUAGAAAGGCAUUCCCUCGAUGUUUUUGUUGAUGCCAAACUGAUCGAGACUGAAAAUACAUUCGUAGAGGAAGGUACAGAAAUGAAAUUUGAAAUAAAUGGAGUAUUUGCAGUAAUAAAAGCAUCCUAUACCCAUAAAAGAGAAGGAGUGAUACAUGAACUAUAUGUCAAUGGCCAAAAAGUAGAAGAGGAUAGUGAUAUUGGAUAA